CUCACGCAGCAACAUUGCAAAAAAAUUUAAAGUACAGUCGGUUGCGAAUUUUCACGAUAACCUUAAUCCAAUAAAGUACCUACAUCAUCGUAUCUUUACGUAAGGUUUCGUUAUCAGAAAAAUGUAGAGUAAAUAGGUAUCACCCACCACCAGAAACUCUAAUCUUAUCUAAAGUGAUAUCUGCUAACUUCAAUUCUUCGAUUUAAUAACAGUACCUAUCUACUUGUGUGUGUUUAAAAAACUGUUUUUGCGUGAUUUUGACAGUGACAGCUCAGUGCUAUGAUUGCAUACGAAAAAUGGAAACGUACAAAACUCACAUACGUAUGACCGUAGUUGGAGACGGAGAUACGGGCAAAACGUGCAUGCUUAUAGUCUACAAGGAUAAGAAGUAUGAAGACUACUACAUUCCGACAGUGUUCGACUCGUAUUCAAUGAACGUUAGAGUGAAUGGACGAACCUGUACCAUAAUUCUGCAAGAUACCGCCGGACAGGAAGAAUACGAUAGAUUACGUCCUCUAUCGUAUCCCGAAACGGAUGUAUUUAUUAUGUGUUUCUCUGUCGAUAAGAGAGCUUCGUAUAACAAUAUUAUCAAUAAAUGGAUUCCGGAAAUACGUCAUCAUCGACCAACAGCAAAAAUUAUUCUAGUCGCAACUAAAACUGAUCUCCGCGGAGAAAAUCAAAAAACGAUAUCGAUUAAAGAAGGGGAAGAAUUACACCACAAAAUCAAGUCUGACGGUUUCGUCGAGUGCUCAUCCAAAUUUAUGUGGAAUAUCAACAGGGUGUUUGAAGAAGCUCUACUGAGCGUUGUCGGGAAACCGAAAGAACCUAAAAGCAGUAGGGGCUUUUGCAUGUUAUUGUAGUUAAAAUCAAUCUCUCUAUUAUAGACAAAUUAUUAUAUUUCAAUAAAUACUCCAACGUGUAGAUUAA